UUCCUUUUACGUGCUCACAAAAGUAGUCGUACACACAGCGCCUGCGCUGCUGCCCUGAAAAUAGAAACGGGAAAAAAAGCGUUAUAAUCAUAUAUUAUUUUCGUUGUGCCCUGCGGUUCGGUACUUUUCGAACGGUGCGGUGGCUAGACGCGUUCAGUCAGCUCAGCACAGCCGUGACGAUCACACGUUAAUUCUUCCAUCUCCACCAACUUUUUCUUCUUCCACCAACCAAGUGUUUGCCAAAAUUCAAUUUUGCACUAAUUUCAGAGUGAAUCUUUGCAUUUUAUUUGAUUGAAGAUCAAUCGAGUUGUUUUUCUUGUCAAACUAGUUUCAUCUUCAAAAGUUCCCCAGGUGAAUGAUGCUUGAUACCAAUAACGGACCCCGCCCCCUAUUGAAGAAAUCUGCUCACGACUUAACUCAUGUGGUGAAAGUCGGUGAGCUUCGCCCGGCGCCGCGUCCAGCGCACUCACCUUUGACAUCUGCACGAUCCCGUCGUCAUGUCGCCGAAUGUUGGCACGUUAUUUUCGCUCCAGAUGAAACCCGUUUCGCUUGGCUAUGCGGAACCAGUCGCGUCCUCAUCGUCCCCUGGAAUCGAUUCAAAAAUUGCCUACUGUCGCUGGACAAUACGGACGACGAAGGUAACGAAAUCAAAGGCCAAGUGGUUUCGAUCGACACGGGAUCACCCGUCAAUUCCGCUGGAUUCGGCAGUGGCACUCCGGAGAGCCAAUUGGCUGAUCCGCCGCAACGUCAGUACUGGACUCGAUUCGAUUUCAGCAACAAAGAACUCGUCUUUGCCACUGGUCACGUUAAUGGACGGGUCCGCAUUUGGGAUGUUUACACUGGUCGCAAGUUGCUCGAGCUGAUGGAUCACACGCAGGCCGUUCGUGAUUUGGCCUUUGCACCGGACGGUUCACUUCGUCUCGUAACCGCCUCUCUCGAUCGAACUAUAAAAGUAUGGGAUCUGAGAGAUGACGGGAACAUGUUCAAGACCUUAAAAGGUCAUUCGAAUGAAAUCUUCUGGUGUUGCUGGUCUCCAAACGCCCAGCUGCUGGCCUCGGCUGGCAUUGGCAAAUCCAUAAUGGUCUGGGACAUGGUCACUUAUUCCUUGGCACGGACACUCACCGGCCAUCAUCACAACGUCAGCGCAUGUGAAUUCUCACCAGAUGGGGCCAUUUUGGCUUCAUCCUCUUGGGACACUCGUGUCAUCCUAUGGGAUCCCUACACAGGCGAAGAAUUAAGGGAAUUGUGCCAUCAGUAUCCCCCACCCAGGCCCAUUUUUGCCUCUGGUGCCAAUGGAUCGUGGGUGAGAGGCGUGGCUUACGCUCGCAAUGGGGGACAAACGGCCACCAUCUCGGAUGACGGGCUCAUCCGUUUCUGGAAUCUCUUGGAGCCGGAAGUGGAUCCAUCAGCCAUCGCUCAAGGCGACGAAGAAAUGGUCUGCUGCACUUUUUCGCCAUCGGGUCGCGUUUUCGCUGUCGGGACAAAAGAGAGUCGAGUUUCGUUCUACCUGGCUCCUAGGGUCAUCUUUUCUCUGAAACAUUUGGCCAGAAUGGCUGUCCGUCGUCAAGUAUUGGCCACACCAGAAAUCGACCAAUUACUUCUUCCAGCUCCGUUGAAAACUUACCUGAAAUAUCAGGAUUGGAUUUAAAACAAAACUUCUUAUUUCUGCGCGUUGUGUCUUGUCUGUGUGGUCUUAUAACGAGGGGUUGAAAAUCUAUAUGAAAAUUGGAAAAAAAAAAUGGAAAAUGGUUAGUCAAAGGUAUUAAGCCAUUUUAGUAAAACAAAAAAAUGGUCCUUGUAAUUGUGUUUUUCUCGGACAAAUUUUGUCUGGGUAUUUAAUCUUAUUUCAAUGCAGUGCAUUGACACUCCGCCCCAUAUCUGAAAACAAAGAAAUCUGUAAAAAAAACAAAA